CUAUCGCAUAUAAGUCGUUCAUUAGCUUGGCAACGUUGCAUAAACAAGCCAGGGUAAGGCGCUGAUCGCAUAACUUUCAAUAGAUAGCCUUGACUCUCUCUGUUGUAGGGAUCUCAGUUUGACAUUCUGCAGACGUGUUCCCUAUAGGAAGAUGUAAUGUGAACAGCUCAAAGGAAAGCAUUAGUAUGGCAAAUUCGCGGGUACUGGUGGGGUUCUCCUUUGUUGGGACAACCCUGGCAGCAGUGAUCGCGCUUUUCUGGUACUGGAAUAAGCGAGACCCCGACCAGAACAGAAGACAGAAAAAGCAAAAAGAUGGCGAUCCAGUCUGGGUUGUAGACAAUCAGGUUACACACCCAGAACUGCCAUCACUUUGCACGCAAACAACGCCUGAAGAUGAUAUAAUUGUGGACGAUGACGUAGUGAAAUCUGAAAAAACCAGCAACCAGUUAUCGCACGGCGCAGAAGCCGAAAUUAACCAAAACAGUCUCGAAGAUGACGAGUACGCAGGGAACAUCUGCAGAGAGGUGGAUGAUGCAGGCAUCACCAGGAAUCGUGAUCUUUGCUUUAUGGAGGAGAUAAAAUCAGUGGCUCCUGAACAGAGUGGUGUUUUAGACACUCAUGAUAAAACAGUAGAACCGGAACUGAAGAGCCCAGUUGAUGCCGAAAACAAAACUGAGGAAAACUCAGCGAGCAAAGAAGUCUCAGCUGGAAUUACUGUAUCGUUAGACUCAAAAGAUGUGUUAAAAUCUGACAGUGAUGUUGUACCACAAGGAAAUGUUGCUCCGGUGAUGACACAGGUGACAGUUAUUGAAAACGAAAUGCGGGUUUCUGGUGCUGAAGAUGCUGAAAGCAAAUCUGAACAAUUAGUUCUGACGAUGGCGUCUGAUUCUGCUGAGUGUUGUGAGAAAUCAAGGGAUUCAAGUCCUGUGACUGUGGCAGCUUUGUUGAUCAGUGACAAUGUCGAUACUGUGAAUGUUCCUGAAAGUUCUCCAGCCGAGCUAGAAUAUGUUAUUUCAAAAGAAACCUCCCCAGUUGAGACAAAUCCGUCAAGCGAGGAAACUGUAACGGACUCAAAUGGAAUGGAAAAUUCUCAUGAAGCCGAGACUUCCUCGACUGAUGUGAAACCCAUCUUAAAUUUGCAAGACUCUGUUUCAUUGGACAGUCUAGAGACGUCACCAGAACCAGAAGUACAUGUACGAUCUCAAUGUAGUCAGAGUGGAUCUGACAGCGGCCAAAGUGUAACAGUUGAGAGCUCAAGUACAGAGAGCUCCUCAAAGGGAGACUACCUUGAGCAUUUGGUAAGGGAGAAAGUUGGUGAAGUCACAGAAUCCCUGAAUGAUUUGAAUGUCUGCAAUGAUGCAGAGUCUGAGGUUUCUGGAAGCGACUGUGAUAAACACGGUGAAAUGAACUCUAAUGAGAGAGAGCCAUCUCGGUCCACAGAGAGUGGGCUUUCAAGAGAUAGUUUGGAGCCCAUAGACACAAGCCAGCAGACGACAGUGUUGGAUGAGACAGAAACAGAAGAGGCACCAGACAACGACAGCGGCCUCUUACUGACACCAACUGACCCCAACACCAAUGUAAAACAUACAGAAGUGGUUGAGAAAGCAGAAACUCCCUCAAACAACUGCGAUAACACCAGUGAGGCAUCAAAUGACAGUGGUAAGGGAGCAAGUGUUGGGGAGACCAUUGGGAUACCACAGCAACCAGAGUUGAGUAUCUACCAAAUGGACUUCCCUACAGAGCUGUGUGGCCGUCUGAUUGGUCGAUACGGAAAGAACAUAAAUUACAUGAAGGAGAAAACCGGAGCGAUCGUGACGUUGCGAAAUAACCCAUUUUCUCCUGACUUUCAGAUCUGUACUAUAGAGGGCCUUCCCCAUGAAAUUGAGGAGACGUUGGCAAUGAUUCGUCAGAAGUUCCCCAAAUCCAGGUACCCCAACCUACAGCUGACACCCAACAACAUGGCACCUGAACCACCUGUAGUACUGCCAGAUCUCCAGAUGAACCUGCCUCAUGGGGUAUCGGUGGAUGUGAUUGUUUCCAGCAUUGUAAAUGCUGGCCUCGUCUUCCUCCAGCAGCCCACACACCCGACGUUCCCGUCCCUGGAGAGGCUGAACCAGUUUAUGCUGGCCUGUUAUACCCAGGAUCAAAGUGUGCCCCAGCUCCCCAGACCUGUCGAGGCGGGCGUGAUCUGUGCAGCUCCAGUGAUGAAUGGCUGGUAUCGUGCACUGGUCGUUGAUCUCUCAGAGGACGGAGAGGAGUGUGAUAUCAAGUUUGUCGACUACGGCGGCUACUCUAGAUUACCCAUCAGCCAUCUGCGGCAAAUCAGGAGUGACUUCAUGACACUGCCAUUCCAGGCAGUGGAGUGUUACAUGGCCAAUAUAACACCAAUACAAGGUGAUAUGUACUUCAAUAGUGAUGGUGCCACUGUGUUAGAAGAGCUCACCCAAGGGAAACUACUCCAGGCACAAGUUGUUGGUAGGGCAGAAGAUGGUAUACCAUUUGUUCAUAUAUACCAAGUCAGUGGAAACAAGGCGCUGUUUGUGAACCGCGAGAUGGUGAACAGGGGUGUGGCACGGUGGAUAGAACGGCUGUAGUUGAAUCAAUUCACAAUAGAUUGCAUAUUUAAUAGUAGCUUGUUGAAGGUGUUUUUUUCUCAAGUGCAUUAAAUGUGAUCUUAGUGCUUUUGCGUGUAAAUAAUUUAGGUUAGCCAUAGAAAAACUGUUUACCUCCUUUUCUUUCUUUUUUUUCGUUUUGGGAGAUAUAUUUUGACUUUGCUGAAGGAUUCCGUGGUGUGAAAAAUUGUAGCAGCGUUCAUCAAAUACUUUUUUGUCUCUUUUCUCAAAUUGUAUUUUUUUUUGGUGUAAAAAAAAAAUGUACUCUCUAUGACGGAGCUUUAUAUAGAAUUUGUUAGUGUAACAAUUUGUUUUUUAAAAUAUUGCAUACUAAGCUGGACAACAUCAUACAUGUACUUCUUAAUGGAAAACAACCUAAUGUCAGUGACUUUAGCAACAAGUUUAUUGACAGAUUUUUCUUGAAUGUCUCUUGCCCGCUAUUUAUGCAUUUAUCUGCCUGGGGUCAUAUUUUGGAACAGGUUUUGUGCAAUUAAUUCUUGCUUCAUUUAUUUCAAGCGAAGUGUUUGCAUCAUAUACAUAUAGGUUACAUUGGUUUCUGUUUUUGUAUGCAUGCAUGUAUUAGUUUAAUUCAGCCAGAUAUUCAGAAUUGUUAGAUUAAGAUCUGUUUUAAACAUAUGACAAUAUUUCUGGUUGCACUGUUAUCAAGUGCCAGCUGCCAUGACAACCAAAAUGAAAAGGUUGAGACCAUAACCAGAAAAUCAAGAAUGUUCAUCCAACAACUCACUGAUGUUCAUCCAACAACUCACUGAUGUUCGUCCAACAACUCACUGAUGUUCAUCCAACAGCUCACUGAAUUUCAGCUUUUAACAACUCGCUGAUGUUCAACCAACAACUCUCUGAUGUUCAACCUUUAACAGCUUACUGAUGUUCAACCAACUUCAUAGAUUUUCCGAGUUCCAAAUUUUGUCUAUUAUGGUGUCCACUUGUAUGAAAAUAUUACUGUAGAUUGUUAUGCCAGAAGAGAAAUAUUGCCAAAUUUAAAGUUUGCUUUACUCAGGUGUAAAUUGUAGAUAGUGGUAAAAAAAAAAAGGAGUCCAAAAAUUUGUUGAUCGUCACAUGUGGGAUGUGUUUUGUAUUUUUUUAAGCGAUUUUUGUCUCGAUGGUUUAUGGGUGAUAUGUGAUGAUACAUCUGAGAGGGCAUGACCACACAUGCUCUCAACUUUAAAAAUAAUUACUCGUUUAACUUUUUGGCUUUCCGAAGCAUUUAGAAUAUUUUCAAGAAAGCUUUUUUCGUCGUGCAGCUUGUUACCCAGGUGAUUUUUUUCAUCUAAUCUAUGAGAUAUUUUGUUACAGUGCUUGCCUCCAAACUAAAAUCGCAGAUAAAAGGAUGGGAUGUGUUUCUGCUUACAUUAUAUACAAGAAAUGUGCCAUUUGCAUACCUGUAUGAACGUAUCCAGUACAGUGUAAUGUUCAAGAUGAACAGUUGCAUGAACAUUCAUUUGUUUAUUUUGUGUGCGAGUGUUCAACAUGAAUUAUAUAUUCAAGAUUGCCAAAUUCAUCAAAUUCUGAAUAUUUAAUGGGGUUUCCCAUCCGCAAAGGUAACAAGUGUUUUCAAUGGUGCCCAAGGCCGUCCCAUUUCCUGUCACUUGCACAAUUGAAAUUGUUCUUUAAUCUUUUUUUGUGAGGAACAGGUGGUAAAAUUUGUAACAUUUUUGAAACUUUGUGAAACUUUGCAUUUAUUGUCGAAAGUCCAUAGCAGGGGUUUUUCUAGUUACUUUACCCACGAUGAGGGAAGUAAAUUGUUAUGGCCUGUACUCUCGGCUGGGUCAAGCUAGAAAGCUGAGGAAUGUUUGCACAAAGGAUUUAAUGUUCAGGGAGAAAACAAAUGGGCUUGGACAGUGGGCUCAUGGUGAUUCCCAGGGGAAGAACCAGCUUCGAUUUGUAACAGCCCCAGUCCAAUAUAUCAAGUCGUUAUAGAAUUAGAUGCACAGUAUCGUACUGUAUCUCUAGGUUUGUCAGUGUUUGGUCAGGUAACUUUGUACCAGUGCCUGUCUGAGAGACCAGUAGCUAAAAUGUUGAGUUCAAGCCCUCAUCUUUUUGUGUGUACUACAUGAUGCCAUUCAAUUUAAUUCAUUUAAACUCUCUUUAAAUAACUUGUUCACAUUCUGUUUUCUCCUCCUUUGAAAAGCGUUUGUUCCCUUUAUUCCUAAGAAUACAUACUGUUACCUGUUGCCACAUUAAAAUGGACCGGUACUUUCAAUGAUGCAGCAUCUGUCUUAAUUGUUCUCAGAAUUAUGGACAGAACUAUGUCCCAAAGUUCUUCUUGAAUGAAAGUGUAGGAGAUAUGUUUACAUUUUAUAUCCAGACAUCAGCGUAGUGUAAAACAGGAGCUGAUGUUUUGAGUGAAACAUCAGGAGCAAAAUGUAUAUUCCAUUGAUUAAUUGUAAAUGUCUACUUGUCAUAGAAGUUAACAUAAAAAGUUAAUUUGCAUCUUUUAAAAUUUCUUCCAAUAUUUUGCAACAUGUAUCUUCCAAUCAAAGUGAAAGCAAUAGUUAGUUUUAAGAAAAUCUAUUUUGUGGUAGUCCUUUAAUGUAGAUUAGCAUAUCUGGUACAGUGGAUUUAUUGAGUACUGAAAUCAGUUCACUUUUCUGCCUUUUGCAUUUCGUACUGCUGCGUGUUCUGUUUUCUUGCUAUUUAGUUGAUAUUUGAUAAUCCCUAGCCUUCACUACAAUAUAAAUACAUUUAAGAAUGUCCCAUCCUUUUUUGUCAUUUGUUUCAUAAAAUAAUUGUUCAACUUUAGUGUAAUUUUUUUUUUUGCAGCAUAGAAGAUCUAAUUCUAUUUGUGAUGUAAUUUCAAGCAUUUUGUGACCUGUUUAUUUCUGCUAUAUUUGUCACUUGAUGGUAUUCUCCAAUUAUGUAUUCAGGUUGUAUGUUAGAUAGUGCGAGGAAUGAAUGAACAGUCUUUAUGCUAAUCAUUUCUGAUAGGGCUCUUUUUUUCUGAGGUAUUUCAUAAGCUACAGGUAGCAAUUUUGUCCCGAGGGCACGAGUCUAGCUUUCAUAAACGUACUCAUUACAUGGCAUGGGUUGCUCCCUACGUUGGCUUUAUAUCAUUGCCACCACUAGCAAG